GACACUGUCCUAGAAUUGCUGAAAGACGCGAUGGCCAAGUGCAUCGGUAAAAAUUGUAAUUUCCUGAUCGACGGCUAUCCGCGGGAACUGGAGCAAGGAGUUCGCUUCGAGAACGAGAUUUGUCCUUGUGUUUGUAUGUUGGCCUUCGACGUUUCCGAAGAGGUGAUGCGGCAAAGGCUUUUGAAACGUGGCGAGACUAGUGGAAGAGCUGACGACAACGAGGAUACUAUCAUUAAACGCCUUAAGGUCUUUAACGAAUUAACAAAACCAGUAAUCGACCAUUAUUCCGAACGAAACAAAGUCGUGUUGGACUAUGGGUUAGUUGGAGCUUUAUCCUUCUUGUGA